CUCUGAGCGCGGGCGCCUCCUCGCUCUCAGAAGCUCCGGAUCCAGGCACGCGAGGGCUGCUUUUUCAGCGCCGCGAGCUCAGGCUGUGCAGGGAGGACUCCUGUUUGUCCUCCUCCUCUACAUAUUGGCUUGACUCUGCUCUGACCCCCACCAGCGCUACACAGUCUGGGAAAAAAGCAGAAGUAUGGUGAAGCUGAACAGCAACCCUGGAGAGAAGGGGGCCAAGCCGCCUUCGGUGGAGGAUGGCUUCCAGACGGUUCCUCUCAUCACGCCCUUGGAGGUUAAUCAUUUACAGCUGUCUGCUCCUGAGAAGGUUAUCGUGAAGACAAGAACAGAGUACCAGCCGGAACAGAGGACCAAAGGGAAGUUCCGGGUGCCGAAGAUUGCCGAAUUUACGGUCACCAUUCUUGUCAGCCUGGCCCUCGCUUUCCUCGCCUGCAUCGUGUUCCUGGUGGUUUACAAAGCCUUCACCUAUGACCACAGCUGUCCCGAGGGAUUUGUCUACAAGCACAAGCGCUGUAUCCCGGCCUCGCUGGAUGCUUACUACUCAUCCCAGGACCCCAGUUCCAGGAGCCGCUUCUACACAGUCAUCAGCCACUACAGCGUGGCCAAGCAGAGCACCGCCCGGGCCAUCGGGCCGUGGCUGUCGGCCGCUGCCGUCAUCCACGAGCCUAAGCCACCCAAGACCCAGGGCCAUUAGAGGCCUGCCCCAGGCGGGGUGGGGGUGGGGGUGGAAAGGGGAACCCCCGACUGGCUAAGCAAAGCUGGAGCUACAAGACAACACUGUACUGCUGGGGUACGGGGUGGGGGCGGGGCAGGAUGGGGUCUGGGGAGAACUCCCCGAAAAUAUUGUGCACUGGAGUUGUCUGAAUCGAUCUUUCCUUUUGUCCUUUCGUAUUGUUGCUUCGUACCCAAGUCAGGCUCGUGUACAAAGGCAUGUUUCGUGUCGAUUGUUCCCAUGUAAGAUAUUUUCAAAGCCACCGCUUAUUCUUUGUUAGGAUAAUUUAGAGACAGAAAGGGGAGCCAGAGAAAAAUGAAUAAAAAGCAUGAAACGGGCUCUGUGAGGAAGACACAGCAGGGUGGUGA